AUGAUCACAAUUGUGCUUCAGUUCAUAUAAAUUGGACUCUUUGCAUUUGGUAAAUUCUUAUCGUCAAACAACAACACAAAUACUUUUUUCGCAUUAGCAGCUGCUUUUGCCAUAGAAAUAAUUGUAGCUGCUCCGACGACUGAUAAAACAAAAUGGAUUUGUUCAAAGUCAAUGUAAUCAAUUUGUAAAAAUGCAUUGUUGUUUUCAAUCAUCCUCCAACACAUUGAAGAUGAAUAUUUAUAUUGGGUUGUGUUGUCUGGGGGAAUCUUAAAAAUAACAAAGAAUUUCACAACAGUGUUAGCAAUAAAGAAAAUAGAUUAAAUCUUAAAAUAUAAUACAUUUGUUGGAAUUUAUGCACAAAUCUUUUCAUUCUACAAGAUCGUCCAAGUGUGUUCAUAUGUAAUAAUUAAAUCAAAAUAUUUAGUUGUUUUUGACUAGUUUAUUUUUAUAAUUGGAAUUGCAUACUAUAAUUUUAGGUGAUUAUUGGAAGAUCAACUCAUUAGUAGUAGUCAACUUUUGCUUCAUCCCAUUUGCAUUUUUGAUUGUAUUAAUUAUCAUAAUGAUCCAUAGAUUUUUAAUCUUUUUGAAUCGAUUGUGUAUAUUAAAUGGAGUUUGAAAGGUGAAUAAUAAAAAGUAUAAUAAAAAGAAUAAAAAAAGGAGAAAAAGAAGUGA